AUGGCCGCCACCCUUCAGCAGUUCAUGCAAAGUCAAACCACCAUAAAUAACCAAACUUCUCAAGCCAUCAAUGACAUAAGGAAUAAUUUGACCAAGCUGAACACAACUGUGAAUGCACAAGAGAAAGGAAAGUUCUCAUCUCAAUCCCAACCAAACCCUCAAGUCCAAAUUGCUGCCAUAGAGUCUUCAUCAUCUUUUGAAGCAAAUGUCAAGACUUGCAAAGCCGUAAUAACUCUCUGUAGUGGUAAGGAGGUUGAUACAUUGAGUAAUGAAGCUGGCAAGAAAUGUGAAAGUUUCAUUCCCAAUGCACAAGGUAAAAAUUCUGAUGUUGAUGUUUCUUUGGAACCAAAGGUAACUCCUCCGGCACCCUUUCCUCAAAGAUUGGUUCCUUUACAUAAAAAUAAACAUCAUGUUGAGAUUCUAGAAAUUUUUAGACAAGUGCGCAUUAAAAUUCCUCUUCUUGAUGCCAUUGAGCAAAUCCCAACAUAUGCCAAAUUUUUGAAGGAUUUGUGUACAGUUAAAAGAAAACUUAAUGUGCAAAAGAAGGCAUUUCUCACGGAACAAGUCAGUGCCAUUAUCCAAUCCAAUACUCCUCCUAAGUAUAAAGAUCCAAGUUCUCCAACAAUAGCUUGUGUUAUAGGAAGCUCCAAAAUAGGCCAAGCACAACUAGACUUAGGUUCUAGUGUUAAUUUGUUUCCUUACAACACCUAUGAACAACUUGGUUUAGGAGAGUUGAAACCAACUUAUAUCAUCUUGCAAUUGGCCGACCGUUCAAUUAAAAAGCCAAGGGGGUUAGUAGAAGAUGUGUUGGUGCAAGUGGAUAAAUUUUAUUAUCCUGUUGAUUUUGUGGUAUUGGAUGUUCAAUUAACUCCUCAUUCUGUUUUUCAGGCACCCGUCAUUUUAGGGAGACCAUUUUUUACCACUUCCAACGCUUUGAUAAAUUGUCAAAGUGGCAUCCUUAAAUUGAUGUUUGGAAUAUGA